CCGAAGAUGCUUAAAUUUUCAAGUGUUCUAACAUUAUUUGUUUUAUUCUUUGUGUCAGCAAAUGCUUUAUCCAUUGAUAAGGUGUUUCCAGGCAAUGCUACUGAUGUCGAGGUCAUAAAUUCCUUGAUAAAUGAUGACGAUACUAUCUGCAAAUCGAUGGUGCAGGCUCAAGGUUACGCCUGUGAAGAACAUAAAGUCACGACAAAAGACGGUUACAUCCUUAGUGUGCAGCGGAUUCCGGCAGGACGGUCUGGUAAGACAGCGAACAAACCACCGGUGCUGCUGCAGCAUGGGAUCUUUGUGGAUGCUGCACCAUGGCUGUUGAACUCUCCAGAAGAAUCUUUGGGUUUCAUUUUAGCAGAUAUUGGCUUCGAUGUGUGGCUUGCCAACACGCGCGGAACUAAAUACAGUAGCGGACAUACAUCCCUGAGUCCGAACGAUUCGGCUUACUGGGAAUGGUCAUGGGAUGAAUUAGUCCAGUAUGAUCUUUCUGCUUUGGUCCAAUAUGUUAACUAUGCAACUGGGCAGAAGCUGCAUUAUGUUGGGCAUUCCUUGGGAACUUUGAUUGCUUUAGCUUCCUUUUCCCAACAAGAUGAGCUGAUAAACAAGUUAAGAUCGGCUGCUUUGCUUAGUCCGAUCGCUUACCUGAACCGGAUUCAAUCGAUAUUAAUAAAAGCUGCUGCUCAGCUGCAUCUAGCCGAAGAACUAGACAGCUUGGGUUACUAUGAAUUCCCACCAGGCUGGGACAUCCUUGGACCAAUUCUGGAAAAGAUAUGCAAUGAAACAGGCACAAAUUGCUCCAGUAUAAUGACUGCUUUAACAGGUCCAAAUUGCUGUGUAAACACUUCCAAGGCAAGCGUGUUACUUAAACAUGAACCCCAGCCAACCGCUACUAAGAACAUCAUCCACUUAUCUCAAAUGAUAAGAACAGGGACCAUAGCGAUGUAUGAUUACGGCAGUGGAGAUGAGAACAAGAAGCAUUACGGUAACUCGAAUCCGCCAGCAUACGACAUGAGAAACAUCCCGACAGAGCUUCCUCUUUUCCUUGGCUACGGCGGUCGAGACAUGCUAGCCGAUGUUGAUGAUGUGAAGGCUUUGCUAAAUGACCUCAAAGAUCACGACGAGGGCGAGCUGGUUCAAGUAUACAGCGAGGAAUAUGCACAUGCAGAUUUCGUUCUUGGUGUUAAUGCUAGCCGAGUUGUCUAUGAUCCUAUGAUUUCCUUUUUCAACCUCCAUUGA